AUGGGGAAAUCAGUUGGCUCGGGCCGCGUGCAGACCCUGCGGCACGCCUUCCUGGAGCUGCAGCGCACGCUGCCGUCCGUGCCGCCCGACACCAAGCUGUCCAAGCUGGACGUGCUGCUGCUGGCCACCACCUACAUCGCCCACCUCACCCGGAGCCUGCAGGACGACCCCGAAACGCCGGCGGACCCCGGGCUGGGCGCCCUGCGCGGCGAAGGCUACCUGCACCCGGUCAAGAAAUGGCCCAUGCGAUCAAGGUUAUACAUCGGUGCCACUGGUCAGUUUUUGAAGCAUUCCGUCUCUGGAGAAAAAGCUAAUCACGGCAGCACUCCAGCUGAUUCCCAGCCGUAGACGCGCCUGUGGCAGGGACUGAAAGGGAUUGUUUUCAAACAGUAUGAAAUAACUAUAUUGUAUCAGCCACGUCAAGCAUUGUUUCUCAGUUUCUAUGCGAAUGCAUAGUUGGAUGUUGGGAUUUAUCUAAGUCAAUGUGGAAUGAAAGCUUCACUCUCGUGUAAGACAUACAGUUUAUCCAGUUUGAGUGCACAGUAGUCACAACCAAAGAGGGCAGAAGGAGCUGUAUGCGUGGGGGGAGGAGAUACAUAAAAGCCAAAGAAUUGUGCAUAUGUCCAAAGAAUUCAUACCUUUUUUGUAAUGUGUCUAUUAUAAACCCAAAAGCUGAUUAUUGAUCGUUUUCCUAGUUGUUGUUUUUCCUCCAGGGUGUGUUUGUAAUACAUCAGCUUCCAUUUUUGUGAAAAAGCCUGUGUUUCUAGUUGCUCCGAGAAGAUCUUUCUCUUGAAAGGCACAGAAUCAGCCUUUGUAUUGUAGCCGAAUCUGCUGUGGCCCCUGAAGAUGCAGUGUCUUCUCCACGUUCAUGCCUGCAGGGGCCUCAAGGGAGCCCCCAGGGACCCUCCUCAGUCAGACUUUGACCAGGUUUCUUCUUUCCCCCGUCAGCUCCUGUUCACAGAGCCUCACUUUGCCAUUAUAAAAUGAGAGAAAUCCUCCUAGAGUGGGUAGCUUUGGCACUGACCCGAGGACAGAGAGUGACCGCCCCCACCCCGAGUCUGCCCCAGUAUGAGCCACCACCAGGGAAGGCCACCCCACCUUGGGCGCCAAGUGCCCAGGAAGCAGCACCGCCACCCCUGUGCACCCUCGUUUCCCUCAGGACGGAUGCUUCUUAGGGAACACUGGACGCCAAAACCACACGUCUCUCGUAUUGUGUUUUUGCUGACCUGGUCAGGACAAUCAUUACAUUUUUGAUUGAUUUUCCUCAGUUGCUCUCCACCUUCGUUUCCUCUCAGCGUUGACAGUGAAUUUCUGAAGUACAAGGGAAACCUGUGAUUCAGUUGAUUCAGGAGAAUAGGACCCUUAUGUUGUGACUCCUAUCUGAUAGUGCCAUUUUUAUUACUUUUAAUGUGAAUACACUCCUUAUAAUGUGACCAAAGCAUGUCUGUUUA